AUGGCGUGCGCGAUGCGAGCGCGCGCGGCCGCGAGCGCCGCCGUCCUCGCGUCGGGAUCCGGCGCGAGCGGCCCCGUCGGCGCGCGUCGCGGCGCGCGUCGAUCGCUCGCGUCGCUCGCGCCGACGACGCCCGCGUCGUUCGCGCGUCAUCUUCGCGUCGGUCGCGUCCCGUCGACGGAGACGCCGCCGCCCGCGCCCCUCGGCGGCGUCCUCCUCGCUCGCCGCCGCCGCGCGUCCGCGCUCGCCGCGGCGAAGAUCCGCGCGAGCGACGCGGCGUCGAGCGAGGAGGACGCCGCGGACGACGCGGACGCGCGACGAGAUCGUUUUUCGAACGUCGUCCCGACGACGACGACGACGACGACGACGACGCGCGCGAGCGAAGACGAAGACGCAAACGCCGCCGACGCCGCGCCGACGCCGACGCCGUACGCGCCGCAGCCGCCAAACUACGCGGGCGCGGACGCGUGCGUGCCCGAGGACGAGUCCCUCCCGCCCGGACACGUCGCCCUCGUGGACGGCAUGUCGCUCGUCUUUCGCGCGUUUUACGGCUGGCGCAACCGCGAGCCUCUGCUCGCGACGAACGGCGAGGACCUCAGCGUGAUGUACUCGGUGACGCACGCGAUCCUCGCGAUAUUGGAGCUCGCGCCGUCGCACGUCGCGGUGUGCUUCGACGCCAAGGGGAAGACGUUCAGGCGCGUUCUAUACACUGGUUCCCAUACGACCCCGUCGGCGUGGCACGAGAUGUUCACGGAUUACAAAGCCAACCGGCCGCCGACGCCGCCGGAGCUCAAAGAACAGAUUCCGAAAGUCGUGGAGGCGGUGCGUCGGAUGGGCGUGCCGGUGCUCACGAUCUCCGGGGUCGAGGCGGACGACAUCAUAGGCACGAUCGCGCGUCGAAGCGUCGAGGCGGGGCUGCACGUCACGAUCGUGAGCCCGGAUAAGGACUUUUUUCAGCUGUUGGGACCGCGCGUGCGGCAGUUGCGUCCGAAUGGGAAAAAUUACGACGCGGCGAAAGAGGCGGCGGCGCGAGACGGCGAGGACGCCGCGAGCGACGGGUUCGGGGACCCGACGCACCGGAACGUCACCGGCAAAGGCCUCGUGCCGUUCACCGAGCGCGACUUCCGCGCGGAGUUCUCGGACCUGGACCCCGCGCAGUUCGUGGACGUGCUCGCGAUGGUGGGAGACGCGUCGGACAACGUCCCGGGCGCGGUCCCUCGCUUUCAAUCCCGACACACCUCGACGCCUUUCAACUCCGCUUCUGACGCCUUUCAACUCCACCCCGACAUCGUUCCAGGCGUCGAGGGCAUCGGGCCGAAGACGGCGCCCAAGCUGCUGAGCGAGUACGGGAACAUCGAGGGCGCGAUCGCGAACGCGGGGGGGAUAAAGAAUAAGAGAGCGCGCGAGAGUCUGGCGAGCGAGCGCGGCGCCGCGAGCGCGUACCUGUGUCGAUCGCUGGUUAAGAUUCGCACGCGGCUCUCCGUGCCGACGCUCAACGACCCCGCGUUGCCGAUCGCGGACUUGGCCAUCGCGGACAAGGUGCCAAACCCCGCGGACGGCGGGCUGGCGGUGUCGGAUUACUUCGACGCGAUGGAGUUGGGGACGGUCGCGUCGAGGUGGAGGGAGGUGUGCUACGCGAACGCGACGAGGAGGGCGAGGGAGGAGGGGCGGGGCGAGGAGGCGGGGGAGGCGCGCGGGUAGAGAGAGAAGAGAGAAGGCGUUAUUUACGAUAGCGGGACGCGGACGCGCGCGGUGGAGAGCUGUUGGAGGCGGUAUUUAAAUACGAUCGAAAUCGAUUCAAAC